AUGUCCUCUGGUGCUGGCAACACAGAUACAAGAACGUCGAACUUGACCAUUGGGCCAUAUAAACGACGCUCCUCAUGGCUUUCUGAUGUCAAGUUUUUGAACUCUUUGACGCCGUCGCCGACAAUAAACAAUAUUCUAAUUGAUACGCUAGAGGGUCAACUGAUUACUCUGCUUGUCGUUGUCUCGUGCAUACUGAUCUUCCUUAUCCGCGAAUGGGUGGUUCAACAGCAACCAAUGGCGAAUAUCGCAGAUGGGGAACGCGAAGCAGCUGUUCAAUUAAUCGCAAAUAAUCGUCAAAAUGAACCAGAUGAUAGACAAAGAGCGGAGCCCAACGACCGUCCACUUCCUUGGGAUGUGCCGCCCGAGAACCUGCAUGAGCAUAUCGACAAUAAUUCAAAUGGCCCAGACGACGCUCUCUCUCAUUCGGACAUAGACACGUUAGGUGACCAUUCAUUUAUUCGCGAUGGCAGUCCUUCCCAUUUACAACCCGCGGAAGAACCUGGUACAGCAGCUUUUUUUCGCCCUCACAACAGCAGUGAUUAUAUGCAGGAUGUUGAGCCUUCCGACGAGCAAUCGUCUUCUCAUGCUAGCCAGGUUUGGCCCGGGGUUGAAAUUUUCCGGGAUCUCUGGUCACGCGCUCAAGGUGAUCCUGAACAAGUCUUAAGGAUCAUUAGAGAAGAGAAUCGACAGGACGAAUUGAGUUGGAUAGUUACCGCAAUGACGAAACUUCAACAAAAUGAUGGUUUUAGAGCGUCUUUGAACCGUGAUGAGAUGGUAGCACGAUCCUCUGGUAUGGAUGCAACCGCUAGAAGAUUCAGUAACGCAGACCCUGCGUUGCAGGCAGAGGGUUCGCAGUAUGCUACUAGACGUUUGUCAUCAGAUCGCGACGUUCUGCCAUGGGAUACUACCGAUUCACAUGAUCCAGACUUCAGAGAUAAUGAAAGUACAGAUCCCCAACAAAGCUAUUUUGCUUCGAAUUUCUCGGACCCAGAAACACACACUACUCAUAAAGAAGAAGCAAACCCUGUCUACCCGGACGAUGAUGGUUCUCAUGUCCCACAAGCCCUUAUUCCAGAUGAAGCCGUAACGGCAACCGCCAGUGGUGAUUCAUCAGAGAAUGUGCCAUCAUCUACUCAAAAUGACCAUCCGGCUGCUGCCAAAGCUCCUCCCAAAAAUAUGGCCACCAGGGUUGUCGACUGGUUUUGGGCCGAUAUUACCCCUGACAACGAGCCUGAGGAACAACCACAGCCAGAUGAAGAACACCUAGUUGAGGAUCCUGCUUUAGAAGCGCCUUUCGUGCCUGUGCAGAACAACAGACGCAUUGCUGAGCGUGCCGCGCAAGAUAAUCAAGGGGUUCUUGCCGACGCUGCGCUUGAGGCAAACGACAUUGACGCUCUCGAGGAAGGUGAUGAUCUAGAAGGGAUCCUGGAACUUAUUGGUAUGCAUGGUCCAAUCUUUGGACUCCUGCAAAAUGGCGUUUUUAGUGCCCUCCUCAUUUCAUUUACGGUUGCAAUUGGGAUCUGGCUCCCUUAUCUGUGGGGGAAAAUUGCUCUUGUUCUCUUAGCGAAUCCGAUACAGUUAGUCUUUGGCGUUCCCAUGACUGCAGUAUCAGUUUUCGCGAAUGUCACACUCGAUACCCUCAUUGGUAGCCUUGGCUAUGUGAUGUACUGGGUCACUCUUCUCUGUAGAGUGCUGCUGGGUCCUCUUGCUGCCCUAAUCCCACUAGGAGACUGGAUUCCUCACACUAAGUCUAUUACAAGUGCUUCGCUUACACUCAUUGAUGCUAGCAGUCAGCGAUUGAAAAAUGUGGCUAGUGCGUUUUUUGUCUUCCAUGAAUCUGAUGUCCCCAUAUUCUCUGUGCUCUCUCACCAGGCUUUGAAAAUUCACCAAGCGCGAAUUACCAGCCUUCUACAGUCAGCAUUUCUCUUAGUGAAGUUUAUAUUGCGCGAUCUUCCUAUCCAAUUGCUAUCUGGUGGAAUGCACAGCGCCCUUACAUUUGACAGUGGGACCAUGGAAUUUACUAGUAUGCUGUCGCAAGCACGAGGUCAAAUCAGUAUCUUAAGCACUCAAUUUCUGGCCUCCUUGAACGGCACAAAAUGGUUCAAUACAAACAUUGUGGCUGGAGCAUCAAUUGGUAUGGGUAUUGAUUAUGACCUAGCAAUGUGGGAUACAAAAGACCGUGUGAUUGCUAUCAUUAUGGGCUACCUCCUCAUGUCAGCUUUAGGUCUCCUUUACCUACGUGUCACCGGUUUGAUAUCUGGAGUGGCUCGCGGGCAGAGGGUGGAAGGCAUAGUUGCUGAUAUCCUCCACCAAGCGGGAGGGGUGAUGAAGGUCAUCCUGAUCAUUGGUAUUGAAAUGAUAGUGUUUCCGCUCUAUUGCGGCUCCUUGCUUGAUGUUGCCUUGUUACCCAUUUUUGAGGGCGCCACUAUUGCGUCGCGUCUCGAAUUCACUUCGUCAUCGCCUCUCACUUCUCUUUUCGUGCAUUGGUUUAUUGGUACCUGUUACAUGUUCCAUUUCGCCCUCUUCGUCUCUAUGUGCAGGAAGAUUAUGAGAAGUGGUGUUUUAUAUUUCAUCCGCGAUCCGGAUGACCCUACGUUCCAUCCCGUCCGAGACGUCCUGGAGCGUAACAUCACUACGCAACUUCGCAAGAUCGGCUUCAGUGCCCUAGUCUAUGGUGCUCUAGUCAUUGUGUGUCUUGGGGGCGUUGUCUGGGGACUAUACUUUGCAUUUGAGGGUGUCCUGCCCAUUCACUGGUCUGCCACGAUUCCAGUCCUUGAAUUUCCAGUUGACCUACUGUUUUACAACUUUGUCAUGCCGCUUGCAAUCCGGUCCAUCAAGCCUUCCGACGGUCUACACAAUCUUUACGGUUGGUGGUUUUACAAGUGCGCUCGCUUUUUGCGGUUGACGGACUUCUUUUUUGGUGAGAGGCAACUCGAUGAAGAAGGGUAUCAUGUGCGCCGAACUUGGUGGGAUUUGUUAAGAGGAGCCAGGGGGGAUAUUGGACAGCCUGUCAUUGACCACAGCCAGCUGCCUGCCACUGAUGACAAGCAUGAUGGCGUAUUCUUUGCACGAGACGGGAAGUUCGUCAGAGCCCCCGCCUCGGAUCAGGUUCGCAUCCCUAAAGGCAGUCAAGUCUUUUUGGAAGUGACCGAGAACAAUGAGCGCAUUGAUGGAGCCCCAGAGACGGAUGGGGGGUUACAUGGCCGGAAAAACGAAAUGUUCACCAAGGUUUAUAUCCCUCCAUAUUUCCGGAGCAGGGUUGCAGCCUUCAUUCUCUUGAUUUGGGUAUUCGCGGCUGCCACUGGCGUAGGCAUCACUAUUAUCCCGCUGAUUGUUGGGAGGAAGUUGAUGUCGUCAUACUUUCCCAAUCGACCGCUGAAUGAUAUCUAUGCCUUUUCUACUGGCAUCUGUAUGGUCGGCAUGGCUAGCUGUAUCGCCUGGUACUGUUACACCAGCGUCACAGUGGUGAAGACCCAUUUAAGCCCACAUUUGCAGUCCCCCCGAAAGGCUUGUUUGGGAAUAGUGAGCGCCGUGCUCAAUGGCCUGCGCCUCAUCUACGUCUUCAUUGCAUUUUCAGUAGUGCUGCCAUCGAUGUUCGCUUUGGUGAUGGAGCUUUAUGUGCUGGUCCCCGUGCACACAUACCUAGGUGGCACUCAAGCUCAUGUCAUCCAUUUCGUGCAAGACUGGACUCUAGGGGUUCUCUAUGUCCAAAUGGCAAUCAAAUUUGUUCUGUGGCAUUCCACCUCACGUCCCGCAGCCGCUCUAAAUGGCAUCUUCCGCGACAGUUGGCUCAAGCCCAAUGUCAGUCUUGCGACGCGUGCAUUACUGCUUCCGAUUACGAUUCUUACUGCAGUUGCGGUCACCUUACCACUUUCCCUUGGAUUUAUUUUGAAUUCAGCCAUGCUCCACUCGGCCCCCGAUGUGCAGUCGAAGGUCUACCGCUACGCGUACCCAGCAACUUUACUCAUGAGUCUACUGGUCUGGCUCAGUUACGCGGUACGCCGACAGGUGGAGGUCUGGCGAGUCAACAUCCGGGAUGAUGUGUAUUUGAUUGGGGAACGUCUUCAUAAUUUCCGUGAGAAACGAGCAAGGGAUGUGGGUGUGCCUCGACAGGUGAUCACGGGGUGA